AUGGUUUGGCGCUCAGGACCUUCUUUUUCCUGGAGUAGAGAUAUCCAAAAGUCUGAGGUUAAUGGUAAACUUACGCAAGGUGAAAAUAUAGCUGACAAUGGUGGCGUUAAAGAAGCUUACAGGGCUUACAGAAAAUAUAUAAACCAAUUGGGGCACGAAGAACCGCAUUUACCAGGUUUCCAAAAUUUCUCCAGUGAUCAGGUGUUCUUCUUAUCUUACGCUCACUUUUGGUGCGGACAUAAGAAGGAGGCAGCAGCACUGCAACAAGUACUUAUUGAUGAACAUAGUCCUGAGAUAUUCCGGGUUAUCGGAGUGUUAUCAAAUUUACCCGAAUUCAGUAAAGCCUAUAGUUGUCCACAGGGUAGCCCACUGAAUCCAUUAAAGCGUUGCACAGUUUGGUAA